AUGCAUACCAGCGAGUACGACUACCUCUUCAAGCUUCUCCUCAUUGGUGACUCUGGCGUUGGCAAGUCCUGCUUGCUUCUGCGGUUCGCCGACGAUACAUACACGGAGAGCUACAUCAGCACCAUUGGUGUCGACUUCAAGAUUCGAACAAUAGAGCUAGAGGGCAAGACUGUGAAGCUGCAAAUCUGGGAUACUGCUGGCCAGGAGAGAUUCCGUACCAUCACGUCAUCAUACUAUCGUGGCGCCCACGGCAUUAUCGUUGUAUACGAUGUGACAGACAACGACACUUUCUCGAACGUCAAGCAAUGGCUCCAAGAAAUCGAUCGCUAUGCUUCGGAAGGCGUCAACAAACUCCUCGUCGGUAACAAGUCCGAUUUGACGAGCAAGAAGGUCGUGGAAUACAGCGUCGCGAAGGACUUUGCGGACCAACUAUCUAUCCCCUUCUUGGAGACUUCCGCAAAGAACGCCACCAACGUUGAGCAGGCUUUCUUGACCAUGGCGAAGCAAAUCAAGGAUCGAAUGGGGUCAUCGUCAUCGGGACCUGCUAACAAGUCUUCCACCAUCACGCCGUCCAACCCAGUACAGCAACAGCAAUCCGGUGGCUGCUGCUGA